ACCGGAUCCCCCGUUCCGGUCCCGGCAGAGCCGAGCCCGGGUGCGCCCGUCGCCGAUCUUUAUAAAGAAGAAUUCCGUUCCCACGCGCAACGAACCAAACCAAACAGCCACACGGCGCCGCCCAGCCAGCCACCCCGUCCACGAGCACACGCAACGCCACCCCCGACCCGCGCUAGUUAAUUGGCGCAGCGCCGCGCACUUGGCACCUGGGUGUCGUGUCGUCGCCGCAGGGAAGAGAGUCAGAGAGACCAGAGGCCAUGGACUUCUACUACCAGCAGGCAGGGCCGCCGGCGAGGAGGCCGUGGGCCAAGGAGGAGGACAAGGCGUUCGAGGCCGCGCUGGUGAUGCUCCCGGACCACGCGCCCGACCGGUGGGAGCGCGUCGCGGCGCGGCUCCCGGGGCGCACCCCACAGGAGGCCUGGGAGCACUACCAGGCGCUCGUCGCCGACGUCGACCUCAUCGAGCGCGGCGCGGUGGACACGCCCGACUGCUGGGACGACGACGACGACGGCCGCGCUACCGUGGCCAGCCGCGGCCGCCCCGCCGGCAAGCCCCGCGGCGAGGAGCGCCGGCGCGGCAUACCCUGGUCCGAGGAAGAGCACAAGCUGUUCCUUGACGGGCUGGAGAAGUACGGGCGUGGGGACUGGAGGAACAUCUCGCGGUUCGCGGUGCGGAGCCGGACGCCGACGCAGGUGGCCAGCCACGCGCAGAAGUACUUCAUCCGCCAGGCCAACGCCGCCACGCGCGACUCCAAGCGCAAGAGCAUCCACGACAUCACCACCCCUUGACCGACGGCGACCCACUCCCUUGUUAAAUCGCCGCUGCUACCACAAUCUUAUCCUAGUUACAUGAUGACGUGUACAUUAUAUCCUACUACCACUAGUACUUAGACUUAGCCUUAAGAAGACUCUGACGAACAACUUGGCUCGGACGGUGGCUGUGGUUCCCGGCCAGCAAAUGGUUUAGUGUCUACUAGCUAGAUUUCACUAUGAGGGUGGAACAACUAAUGGAGUUUGACGUGGCAAAAGAAGUCCGUGUCGAUGCAGAUGCAGGCGUCGCUGUUUCUAUGGAUUAUGAUUCUGUGUCA